AUGGAGACUGAAAUGAGUUUUUCUCAAUUGGCUCCUCCAGUCUUUGAUGGUGAAAAUUACCAACUGUGGGCAGUGAGAAUGGAGACUUACGUGGAGGCUUUAGAUCUUUGGGAGGCCGUGGAAGAGGAUUAUGAUGUUCUUCCGCUGCCUAACAGUCCCACGGUGGCCCAGAUCAAGAGUCACAAGGAAAAGAAAACCAGGAAAUCGAAGGCGAAAGCAACUUUGUUUGCUGGUGUGUAUGCAACAAUUUUCACGAGAGUUAUGGCUCUCAAAUCAGCAAAAGAAAUCUGGGAUUAUCUGAAGGGAGAAUAUACAGGAGAUGAAAGAAUACGAGGCAUGAAGGUGUUGAAUUUAAUAAGGGAAUUCGAGUUGCAGAAAAUGAAGGAAUCUGAGACUGUCAAAGAAUACUCAGAUCGGUUGGUUGGCAUUGUUAACAAGGUAAGAUUGCUUGGUACUGAAUUUAAAGAUUCAAGAAUUGUUGAAAAAAUUCUUGUUACGGUGCCUGAAAAAUAUGAAGUAUCCAUAACUACCUUGGAAAAUACAAAGGAUCUAUCCAAGAUUACCUUGGCAGAAUUGUUAAAUACAUUGCAGGCACAAGAGCAAAUGAGGCUUAUGAGGCAAGAUGGUAGCCCUGGCAGCCAACCACAAAACUCAAAGCAAGGCAAAUAUCAAAAGCAUGAAGCAGAUGCCCAAGUCGCCAAUGAAGAAGAAGAAGAUCACUUGUUUGUGGCAACUAUUCUUUCAACCAAAAAAUCUGACUUUUGGUUGAUUGACAGUGGUUGUACAAACCACAUGACAUAUGACAGAAAUCUUUUCAAAGAGUUCACGUCUAUAGGAAAUAAGAAUGUCAGAAUUGGAAAUGGUGAUUAUAUUCUUGCUAAAGGAAAAGGAAUUGUUGCAAUCCCAACAAAUUCAGGUAUUAAGAAAAUUUCAGAUGUUCUUUAUGUUCCUGAUAUUGAUCAAAAUUUAUUAAGUGUUGGACAACUAAUGGAAAAAGGAUUUAAAGUAUCCUUUGAAGAUAAAUAUUGUUUCAUUUAUGAUGCAACUGGACUUGAGAUUUUAAGGGUUAAAAUGAGAGGUAAAAAUUUCUCAUUUGAUCCAACCGAAGAUAAAGAAUGGAGCCAAAAGAAUCUACUAAGUGCAGGUAAUUCUCCAACUGAGGACAUAUGUGAAAAUAAGGUAAGGAAGAAGUUGUCAAUAUUUCAGAAAAUGCAAUUCUGGAAGAAAGUUGACAAGUCUCAAGGCAAGAUGCAAAUGAAGCUGAAAAACGAGCCAACUUAUUUCAUUAACAAUCAUGAGAUGCAGCAAAAUACAGAAGUGAACUUGAUUCACUGCAAGUCCAAAGAUCAGUUGGCAGAUUUUACGUACAAUGUCGCUUCCAGUUAA